AUGGUGGCUGCGAAGGCCAAGGAAUCCUGGGACAAGUUUCGCAAAGAGCGAGAUUACCAUCGCAUGCAUCAUCGGCGGGUCGUACAGGAGAAGAACAAGCUCAUAGUUGAUCUCAAGCGCUUGAAGAAGCACUACGAACAGUACGAGCCUACGCUGACCGAGUUGCGGCACAAGUACGAAGUAGCAAUGAAGGAGAAGAUGCUCAUGCGCUUGGAGCGUGACCGCUACGCGGCAAAGGCAGAGUCUUUGCAGAAGCAGCUCUCACAGGCUGAAGCCAAAGACGAGACUGCCAAUAGCAAGGAUCUCACUGAAGGUGACGAUGCGCAGAAUAGAAAGAAAACGCUACGAGAAGCACCUUGGCCGAGCGAAGACAGGACCAACCCCUACACCAAUUCAAACUUCGAGGUGGUGCGGGUGGCCGAGUUCGCAAGGACGCAAGUCUUCAAAGGCCACUUGGGAGCGGUGUCACACGUCGCAUUCCAUCCGAAGAUCCCGGUGGUAGCAACGGCGUGUGAUGAUCAUACGUGGAAAAUGUGGUCUGUACCGGAAGGUCAACUUGUCCUAAGUGGUGAGGGGCACAGGGAUUGGGUCAGUGGCAUCUCCUUUCAUCCACGUGGCUCUCUGGUCGCGACCUCUUCUGGGGACUCGACCAUCAAGAUCUGGGAUGUUGCGAAAGAGAAGUGCAAGCAUACUCUGACCGAUCACACCCAGCCUGUUUGGGCUUGCUCCUUUCACGACAUGGGGGACUUUGUAGUCUCCUGCUCUAUGGACCAGACGGUGAAGGCAUUCGACAUGAUGAGCAUGCGGUGCCGGCAAACGUUCCGUGGUCAUGUAGACUCUGUGAACUUCGUGACUUUCCAGCCUUUCUCCAACAAUGUGCUUACAGCAGCCGGUGACAAGACGAUUUCACUGUGGGAUCUUCGCAGCGGCCUUUGUGUGCAGACGUUCUACGGUCACGCAAAUGCUUGCAAUCAUGCCAUGUUCAACCUCAAGGGUGACACGGUGGCCUCAUGCGAUGCAGACGGAAUUGUGAAGAUGUGGGACGUGAGGGUGGUGUCCGAAUUCCUUCAGAUUGAUACGGGACGUCACCCUGCCAACGCUGCGAACUUCGAUCGGAGUGGAAAGGUCUUGGCCAUUGCGUCCGGCGAUGCUUCUAUCAAGACUUUCAAUAUAGAGGAUAAAGUCUUCGUGGCCAACCUGGAGGGACAUGAAGAUUCCGUUCAGGACGUGGUCUUUGAGCCGCAAGCAAACAAGUUCCUCAUCAGCGCAUCCUCCGAUGCCACAUUUUCUCUGUGGCAAUGA